CAAGAGUUUCGGAUACGCACGCCACGCGCAAACCCGAUCUCUCCAACCUUGCGAAGGCGAAGCCCCCGUGAGAUCUCCGGCCGCCGCCGCCGCCGCCAUGGACGCCGUCGACUCGGUGGUCGACCCGCUGCGCGAGUUCGCCAAGGACAGCGUCCGCCUCGUCAAGCGCUGCCACAAGCCCGACCGCAAGGAGUUCACCAAGGUGGCGGCGAGGACGGCGAUCGGGUUCGUCGUCAUGGGCUUCGUCGGCUUCUUCGUCAAGCUCAUCUUCAUCCCCAUCAACAACAUCAUCGUCGGAUCCGGCUGAUUUGAGCACUAAGGCAAGAAUUCGCAGGAGUUGAGGGUGGCGUCAAACAUCGCAGAGACGGCUCCACUUCUCCGUUCCUGAUGAUUUCGUAAAGCAAUCUCUGUAGGACCUUGUUGUUGAGUACAAUUCCCCAUUUCUUUCAUUUGAAAGAAACAAAAUACAUUUUGCUGCCUGGAACGUUUUGUACCUGAUACCGAGUAAACUUUAUGAAGUAGUAGAGAGUAACAAAGUUUACAAAUAUCCCUUCU